GAUCGAGGUAGAUGUUUGGAUAAUUUGGAUUUCAUUUCCAGGUUCCCCGCAAAAUGAGAGUGAGGCUAAGUUCGCCUCUACCAUAUAUAUUUCUUCAUCAAAUACCGAAAUUACAAAGUCCCUGAUCGCACAUGACUUUCAACCUUUCUCUGCUAGCUGCACACAUCUCUCUGUUGUGUUCAACACAGGCAACUACAUCCUUCACUUUCCUCCCAUCAGCCCUACAUGUCUUGGCACACCUCGUGCUUCAGGGUCUAUCUCACAUGCCCGGCAAGAAAUUCCCGGCCGAGAACCACAUCCCUUCCAUAUCUGGUAGAUUUAAGUUCUUCACAUGGAUGAAUACCCGUCGGAUUAAACAAGCUUUAGGGUCUUCAAUGCGUGACCCGGGACCGAACGAAUUGCGCGCACAAAGCGAAGAAUGGCACCUUACGUAUGGUUUGACAGGAAAGCUUGUCUGACGCUCAAUGGGGGAUCUAUGGCGAUCAGACAGGAAAACUGUCAAUCGUUCCGAAAUCUGCACUGGGGAGGGCAAGAGCGAGCGAGCAUGGACCUAGAUUGCUACUGUAGUCAUGAUGGGCAAUUGUGAAACCAGGAGUACGGAUUUGGUGGGAACCGAGGGAGA